UGUUGAUUGAGUUUAAUCAAAUUAAUAUAUUCCAGUUGUUUUGCUCCUAAAAACCAGAGACAUCCGCCACAAGUACACACAGAGCUUCACCAACUUGGCUUCUCGCCAAAAAUGGAGCCUGAAUCUGGACUUCGCAGUCCUUCUAAUCCUUCUCAGCUUUCAUGGGUUAACCUCUCCAGGAAUCUAAUAUUAGCAUACCAAAGCUUUGGUGUAGUAUAUGGAGACUUGAGUACUUCACCUCUCUAUGUUUAUACAAGCACAUUUUUUGGGAAUUUGCAGAACCACCAGAAUGAGGAAGCAAUAUUUGGUGCAUUUUCUUUGAUUUUCUGGACCCUUACAUUUUUACCUUUGAUUAAGUAUGUCUUUAUCCUAUUGGGUGCAGAUGAUAAUGGUGAAGGUGGCACAUUUGCUCUUUAUUCACUGCUUUGCAGGCAUGCAAAGUUUAGUUUACUUCCCAAUCAACAGGCAGCUGAUGAGGAGCUCUCAGCCUAUAAAUAUGGUCCGACAGCACAUGUUACAAGCUCUUCUGCACUGAAGAGAUUUCUUGAGAAGCACAAAACGCUGCGGACUGCCCUCCUUGUUGUUGUAUUAUUUGGUGCUUGCAUGGUUAUCGGAGAUGGUGUGCUUACUCCGGCAAUAUCAGUUUUAUCAUCAGUAUCAGGUUUAGAAGCUUAUGAAACUAAAUUAACAAAGGGUGAAGUGCUCUUACUUGCGUGUGUCAUUUUGGUGGGGCUGUUUGCUCUUCAACAUUUUGGCACUCACAGGGUAGCUUUUAUGUUUGCACCAAUUGUAAUAAUCUGGUUGGUGUCGAUAUUUUCCAUUGGAUUGUAUAACACUAUACACUGGAACCCAAAGAUUGUUCGUGCAAUUUCUCCCCAUUAUAUGAUCAAGUUCUUUGGGCAGACUGGUAAAGAUGGUUGGAUUUCUCUUGGAGGGAUCCUUCUUUCCAUCACUGGCACGGAAGCUAUGUUUGCCGAUCUUGGUCAUUUCACUGCCUCAUCUAUUAGGAUUGCAUUUGCAUUUGUUAUAUACCCUUGUUUGGUGGUACAAUAUAUGGGUCAAGCUGCAUUUCUGUCCAAAAACGUCGACUCCAUUAAAAACAGUUUCUAUGCCUCAAUACCUAAACCUGUAUUUUGGCCCGUCUUUGUUAUUGCAACCCUUGCAGCUAUUGUUGGGAGUCAGGCAGUUAUUACUGCCACUUUCUCUAUUGUUAAACAGUGCCAUGCCCUUGGUUGUUUUCCACGAGUUAAAGUUGUCCAUACCUCAAAACACAUAUAUGGGCAAAUCUACAUCCCUGAAAUAAAUUGGAUUCUCAUGGUCCUGACUCUUGCUGUAACUCUUGGAUUUCAGGACACAACUCUCAUUGGAAAUGCUUAUGGACUUGCAUGUAUGACAGUUAUGUACAUCACAACGUUUCUUAUGUCACUUGUCAUAGUCUUCGUCUGGCAGAGAAGUGUCUUAUUGGCCGCCACUUUCCUGAUAGUUUUCUGGUUUAUUGAGGGUGUCUACCUUUCAGCAGCCCUCAUGAAAGUGCCUCUUGGAGGGUGGGCUCCUCUCGUUCUCUCUGUCAUCUUUAUGCUCGUUAUGUACAUCUGGCAUUAUGGGACUCGUAAGAAGUACAACUUUGAUCUGCACAACAAAGUAUCUUUAAAAUGGUUAUUGGGCUUGGGUCCCAGCCUUGGCAUUGUCCGUGUGCCUGGGAUAGGCCUUAUAUACUCGGAAUUGGCAACUGGAGUACCUGCAAUCUUCUCCCAUUUUGUAACAAACCUUCCUGCAUUUCACCAGGUUCUAGUUUUUGUUUGCGUGAAAUCGGUCCCAGUUCCAUUUGUUUCCCCUGAAGAACGCUUCCUCAUUGGCCGAGUAUGCCCAAGGCCAUAUCGCAUGUACAGAUGCAUUGUGAGGUAUGGUUACAAGGAUAUCCAGAGGGAUGAUGGAGACUUUGAGAACAAGCUUAUACAAAGCAUAGCGGAAUUCAUCCAGAUGGAAGCAGUAGAACCACAAUUCUCUAAUUCUGAGAGUCCAUCACUUGAUGGGAGGAUGGCUGUUAUGAGCAUCAGAUCUAUCCAAUCAAGCUUGAGUUUAAUAGUAACUGAUGAGGAUAUUAUUAAUAUUGAUGACUCUAUCCAAAGCAGUAAAUCUCUAACCCUCCGGAGCCUGCAAUCUACUUACGAUGAUGAUAAUCCGCAGAUCAAGAGGCGCCAAGUGAGGUUUGUAUUACCAGAAAAUCCUUCAAUGGAUUCUUCAGUUAGAGAAGAGCUGAUGGACUUAAUCCAGGCAAAGGAAGCUGGUGUUGCUUAUAUAAUGGGGCAUUCAUAUGUGAAAGCUAGGAGAACUUCCCCAUUUUUGAAGAAGCUCGCCAUCGAUAUCGGGUAUUCAUUUCUUCGGAAAAACUGCAGAGGCCCUGCUGUGGCACUGAACAUUCCCCACAUCAGCCUUAUUGAAGUCGGCAUGAUCUAUUAUGUCUAGCGAUUUGGAGGAGUUCUUCAGCCAUUGAAGAGAUGGAAAACAAAGGUGGCUAAUGCGUUGCCUGUCGCAGUGGAAUGACUACGAAAUUACAAAGGGUCAGGUUGUUUGAGUGCAUAUGUUUGAAGAAACAGCUACCCUUUUCUUUUGUUGCUCUAGUUUCCCAUAUGUAGAUAAUGAUCUUCUGUUUUUAGCUUCAUUUGAUGAAUUGUUUAGGCUUUGAACAAGGCUAGUUUGUUGAAGAGAAAAUAAAUAAAUAAAAAGGAGGAUAAAAGUUGUAGGGAUUGGCA